AUGGCCCGAGUUAUCUUCACUGGGUCCGCCCAGAAGACCACUGGCACCGAAAUGGCAUCUGGGGACCCUGGCAUGACUACAUCUGUCGUGCAAAUCCCUGGCCAGAAUGAAAAGCAGCAACAAGCUCAAGAAAUGCGACAAGAUCAAAGCCUGGCUCUGGUUCAGAUUAUGCUCCAUGCCUCCUUGGGCACUCUGUUUUAUCUUAGGGACUUUUUACCGAUAAGCUGUUUCGAGGAACGCGAUCUCCUGAAGCUAUCCAAACCGGAUUCACAGCUGUCGUAUGCGGACUUCAUUGCAGGGAAGCUGGGGCCAGGUGAAUCGAUUUUCAACAGGACGACCCAGGAUAGGCGUGCACAGCCUUUAAAGAUAGUCGUGCGCGGGAAAAGUGCCAAGGCGGACAGGUUGCUUGAUUUUCUUGAACGUGGGAUUUUCGAUGCCCUUGAGAGAAACUACCUCGAGGCGGUGCAGAUGACCAUUUUCGUGGACAAGACCAAAUCAUCGAACGUUCUUGAGAGCUACACGUUCACUUUCAAGUACGCAGACGGAUGCAAGAAUGUUGGCAAGCGGCUUGCAAGCAUCUCUCUCGACUCAACUGGCUGUACAGCGGACAUGGAAACUACCAAGACGGCAAGACAUGGUCUGGAGAUGAUCGUUCGCCGUUUGAUUACGUUGAGCUCGUUUUUGCCAAUUCUUCCCAGUCAGCGCUAUAUGGAGAUACAUCUCUUCUACAAUGAAGGCUCUCCAGCAGGAUACAAUCCUCCUGGAUUCAAGUCGGCUGAACAUAACGAUUUAUUCUUCGCACAGAAUGAGUUGUGGUCUAGGGAAACUCAGUCGUGUGGUGCUAUGGAGACCGGAAUUCACAGCGUUGGGUUGAAGGUCACCUCUCUGAAAUGGUCUGGGACGAACGGGCCGAGUUCGUAUUACAUUCCGGAAAUCCCGACAGAUAUCGAGUAUGGGGACAGAUUUCGUCGUGCGGAUGAUGUGGGCAUUAGCGACGUAUCGGAGUCCAUCCAGAGUCUUGGACGAUCGAUUCAAGGAAGCAGCCAGCUCUCUACUCAGGCUCUUCAAGAUAUUGCUGUCAAGAAGGGUUUGCAAAAUAUGAUUCCACUGGCUACGUCGACCCCUGACGGCGAUCUCGUUCCGACGCAGAGGAACCCCGACUCCCUCAAAGCUCCAAAAGCGCAACUUUCUCAAGUAAAGCUCGCGCAGCUACGAGCUCGGAACCAGACAGGUUCGAUUGUAGCUGGAAACCAUUACGUGCUGGACAAGGAAUCUGCUCUUCCCAACAAACCUGGCACGGUCCGUUGCGAGUGUGGAUCAAGCGCAGCCUCCCGCAAGAUGCUGGAAUGCGCGUUCUGUGAGAAUCGACAGCAUUUCGUCUGCUACGGAUUUAUGCACGGGCAAGAUCCAGCCAUCCCGGAAACCCAUGCGUGCUACACCUGCCUCCUGGAACCGCAGGAAAAAGCUCUCGAACAAGAGAUGCGGACACUGGUCUUACUCCGUCGCGCUCUGAGUGUCAUCAUUGAGAAGGGCUAUCCGAAUAGAGUGAGAGAUUUCGCUCAGAUGCUAAACUGCAAUGGCCAGACGAUCAUCCAGACAACGGAUUUGUUAAGGAAGCAGGGUUUCCUGCUGGCGACGCCCGGCUCCAAAUCGAGGGGGUUCCUGGAGAAAGGACUCCCGAAAUUCACGAUUUCUAAGGCGCCGGACAUAAAGGAGAGACUUCGCACGGAAAUCUUUAACCCUCUUGCGAAAAUUUCUCACUAUUACACCUUUCCACCUAAUAAGUGGGACCCUGUAAAUAAACCUGGUGGGUGCUCAUCGGAUAUUUCGAGUGACGAGAUUUCAAUCGAGGAGAUGCCAAUUCAAAGUCCGGGUUAUGAAGAACGUAUCCGCGGGAGCAAGAUUCGUAGAUACACAACCCUGGCUAGAACCACACCGCCAGCCCCAGAAGUUCUCGAGAUUCGAAAUGCGUUUAAUGCGCUUCACGCGAACUUGCACUCGAUGAGGGAGGAAUUUGACCCUUUGCGUAGUCAUCGGACUCGGGCUCAGACGGAAACCCCGCCGCAGAACCGCAAUCGGAGGAGGGGUCUUCUGGACUCCAGUGGGAUGGUUACUCCUGACGCUCGCCCCGCCUCUGGCUUUGGCUCUGGCACCCGUAGGAAGAAGUUGGUGGGCAGCGAUGGGGACGAUGAUUAUGUCGACGGGAAUAGCAUGCCUGAUUCGGAGAAAGGGAGCCGUCGGAAGAGGAUGAAGUUGAGUAAGAUUGAGAGUCCGAUUAGCAUCUUUGAGCCUACCAGUGAGAUUUGGAAUGAGGAGGAGAGUGAGGGCGAGGAUGGGGGUGGGAGUGAGAGUGUUUGA